AUGGUUCUCUCUAACGACAUUGAUCUGCUGCACCCGCCAGCGGAGCUGGAGAAGCGCAAGCACAAGAUGAAGCGCCUUGUACCCACACCGAACAGCUUCUUCAUGGAUGUCAAAUGCCAGGGCUGUUUUAACAUCACCACGGUGUUCAGUCACUCUCAGACCGUUGUCCUAUGUGGCUCCUGCUCCACGGUCCUUUGCCAGCCCACUGGUGGCAAGGCUCGGCUUACUGAGGGCUGCUCUUUCCGCCGGAAGGGUGAUUAG